AUGUCGUUUCUCACACCGCCGCCGACGAAACGGCCAAGUCAGGGUCCCGGCCCUGCAAAACCUCGCUUUGCUAGACCGAAUCCUGUCCGGGCGCUCCGCGAGCGUGAGGAGCGUCGCCAUGCAGCAGCAGCAGCAGCUCGGCUUUCAUCGACUCAGAGGCCAGGGGUCGUCACUCCGGCUCAUCAGCAGUGCGCCAACAAAGCCUGUCCGAAGCCCAAUGUUGUCGACGGCACUUGUCAGACAUGCGGUCGUGUCGCUGAUGACAGCAACAUUGUGUCUGAGGUGCAGUUCGGCGAGACGUCGUCUGGUGCUGCCAUGGUGCAGGGAACGUUUGUAGGAGCUGAUCAAGCCGGUGUCAGGGGCAUGGGGCCUGCUUUUAGGAGGGUUGGUGGUAGCGAAGACAGGGAGAAGAGCAUCCGCGAAGCGCGAGGUCUGAUGCAGGGUUACGCUCAGCAGCUUAAUAUCAGCGACAGUCUCGUUACUGCGGGUACGCAGGUCUUCAAGCUUGCAUCCGGUGCCAACUUCAUCCAGGGCCGCACGCUGGCUAGCGUCGCAGCUGUGUGUCUUUACGCUGCUUGCCGUGCUGAGCCACCAUGUAAAGUCAUGCUCAUCGACCUGGCUGAUUUAGUGCAGCUUAAUGUCUUCAAGCUGGGUCGAAUCUUCAAGAAGCUGAACGAGGUGGUACCGAUCGGAGCUGAUGGACUCAUUCCGGUGUAUCCCGAGGACCUCAUCUGGCGAUUCGCCACCAAGAUGGAAUUUCGCCAAGACACGGCCAAGGUCGCUGAGGAUGCGGUCCGACUGGUGAAGCGAAUGAGCAGGGAUUGGAUGGUUAUGGGUCGACGGCCUUCUGGCAUUUGCGGUGCCUGUUUGCUGAUGGCUGCACGUAUGCACAACUUUCGACGAACCGUUCGCGAAGUCGUCUACAUCGUCAAGGUCACAAAUCACACCAUCCAGAAUCGAUUGCAAGAAUUCAACAAUACCGAGUCAAGUCGCAUGUCAGUGGAGGACUUCUUAAAACAGGAUUUCUUGGAAAGCUCGCAUGAUCCCCCCUCAUUCUACCGGAAAUCCGAUGAGUACAGAAAGAAGAUGGAUGAGAAUUCAAGGAAGCGGAAACGAGGCAUCACUGUCGAAGAUACCGAGCAACCCAUCGUAGAGCAUGCGCCCGUUAGACGACAUAUUGAGGGAGGGGCGGAUCUUUCCAAGGCACCCGAAGUCAACUACCGUCGAGAUGCCGAUGGAUUCAUCAUCCCUCCUUUACCUUCACAGAUUCCCCAAGGAAACAUUAGUCUUAAUCCGCAAAAGAAGGAGAAUGACGACGAAGUAGAAGGUCUUGAAGAUCUCGCCGAAGAGUUUGGAGAUGUUCUAGAUGAGGAGGAGGCAGAUCAUGAUGCCUCAAAAGGAGGCAAGGGUAAACGCGCCAAGCCUCAGCUUCCCAUUAACGAAGAAUGGGAGCAGGAUGAACAGGAUCUUGAAGGUGUCAUUGAAGAGAUUUUCAACGAUCCACUUACCUACGAACAUGCUCUUGCAUACUCAAAUGCCGAGCAACGAGCUCGAAUCCACUCCGUCUGGGCUCGUCAACAGCAACCGCAAAAGGAGGUGUCCAUGGCAGCCGACGUCACCGAAGAUGAAUUUGCUGAUGACCCCGAAGUCAUCAACUGCCUAUUAUCCCCUGAAGAAGCACGUAUUAAAGAGAUUAUCUGGGUAAAUCAGAACAAAGACUGGCUGAGGAAACACCAAGAAAAAGUGUUCCGACGAAAGAUGGAAGCAGAGCGCCCUAAGCAGACACGCAAGAGGAGAAAGCGAGCUAGGAUGGGAGAGGGUCAGACAAGCCCUGCCAGUUCUGCAGCGGAAGCAGCCAUUGGUGUGGCCAAGGACCGAGCUUGGUCCAAGAGGAUCAACUACGAUGCUAUCCGUAGCAUUUUCGACAUGCCAAAUGCAGGGCUUGGAUCUACAGCCACGAGCCGAAAGACCAGUUUGGCGGGCAGUGCAUUCGGCGCUGACGAUGAAGGAAGCGAAGCCCCGGAUGAGAGCGUUGCUGGCGAUGAGGAGCAUCACGAGGAGCAUGCUGAUGAGGAAGAAUAUGAGGAGCCGGAAGAGUUUGGAGAGGGCGAGGAAUUUGGAGGAGGGGGUGGUGAAUACGAAGGAGGGUACGAUGAGGAUGAUCCUGACAUGGACAAUGAGUACGGACUGGAAGAGGAUUAA